AUGUGCACACGCACAGUCGAGGAGGAUGCAUGACCGAGCUUGCCUUCGUUGACCGCGGGGCCCGCGUGGCCAUCCGCGGUCUGCUGCUCUUUUUUUGGACGCUUCGAUGUUGUCCCCUGAUGCUGGCAUGUGGAACAUUGGCCAUCCCAGUCAGUGCCACAGACGCAGGCCGAGACGUCCAUACAAGAAGUGCCAAAAAGCAUUGUAUAAGCUCUGCGAUUUGUUCAGUACCACCUCUUUUGGUGCAGCGCCGAGCUGCUUUAGCAAACCGAACCGUAUCUGGCAUAGGCAACGAAACCAGACUGGGAGAGUUGCUCAAUGCCACAAAUGAUGACGCUCGAAGGGGUGUUUUCCAGGACAUCCUGCGUCAUGCUCCCAACUGGACACAUCAUCUUUUCAUGCCAGGUCAUUUCAAUUUUUCGCGCACCUCCCGGACAGUCAUGGCCAUAUCCUUCAAUACCACUGCAGCACUGAUCACCUUGGGCAGAAGUUCCCAGCCAAGUCCGAUUCAUUUCCUUAUCAUUUUUGUGGUGUGUACCAUGGUACUGUCAGUUUGCAUUGCUGUCUACUUGCGCUGGGAGCGCUCACCCUCGCAGCGCCGUGAGGCACAAACGGAGCCUCUUCGACGAAGUGUCCGUACGGCUCCGGCACCGGGUCAUACACCAUCCCUGUUGACAUCACCCUGUGGAAGUCCGUCCUACAGGGACUGCAGGAAUUAUUGGCUUUGCCCGUCCUUGGUGGUUCCCAGCGGCAUGGAGUUGGUCUUCGCAGUCUCCGAGUUGAUCACUGCUGAGAAACAACAAGUGUCGUUCCACAUAGUUGAUUUGCAAGGGCAGCCUCUCAGUAGAGUCGUGGUCGAUGAAUUUGGAUCCCGUGGCGGUAUUUUCCUGCGCUCCCUCGAUGACCGACCGCUGGCUUGGGUGAAAACUGCUUCUCUCUACGACGCCCAAGGUGGUGCUCCUCCGCAGAUUUGUUGGCCAUCGGGCGAGGUCUAUGGAUCCAUUGCCAAGGAGGAUCCUGUGCCCAACAAACGCUACACGUUGCGGGACAAAGCUGGGCAACGGAUCUUCACCUACAACGGCAACUUCCAGGAGAAGGCCAUCAACGUGGUGAGCGCCUCUGGCCGCCUGGUCUGCGACACGGAACGCUGUGUGGCUGCGUCGCUUGGAAAUACACCUCACUUUCAGGUUCGAGUUGCUCCCAGCGUAGAUGCAGGGCUUGUUCUUUGUGGCUUGCUGGCCAUAGACAAGCUACGGAGGGCCAGCUGAGACGCUGAAACGCUUGGAUUUUGGGUGGAUUCGAUGUGGAGAAAAGGUCAGCGAGUGUACAGCUGCUGUGGAUAGUACAGUUGGACCGAAUUGAAGCCACAAAACAAAGGUUUUGUGAAGGCGACAGCCUUCUGUAGAGAUGCUCACAAUGGUUGCAUAGGACAACCAUCUGCUGGGCCUAAAAAUUGGUGGGGAAAGAUCAGUCACCGUUGUGACCUAUCUUGCCCUUACUGACAAUCCGCUUGAGUGCAGGGGCUCUGGAGGCAGUUGCCCCUUUGCUCAAGAUUGCAUUUGGCAGCCUCUAUGCCAACCACAGGAUCUUUGGAACAUUUUUAGAGCUGCUGUCU